AUGGUCUACGCUCCCAUCACAAGACACGCCAAGGGCCUGCGCCUCCUUGCUCUUGAUGGAGGUGGUGUCCGAGGCAUCAUGGCCCUCGAGGUCCUCAGAGAACUCAUGCUCCGAGUUCAGAAGCGAAAGGGUCUUGCCGAGAUUCCCCGCCCGGCAGACUACUUUGAGCUCGCUGGAGGCACCAGCACUGGCGGCAUCAUGGGCAUCAUGCUCUUCCGUCUGCGCAUGUCCGUCGACGACACCAUCGCGCAGUACGACAAGAUCGCCAAGGACAUCUUUAGCCCUAGGCUCUACGGAUACAAUAUCAGUUGGGCGCCUUUCUCAUCGUACCUCAACAACAGCAAGGCGGUUUUCUCUGACAGCCGCUUUGAUGGUGGUGCUUUGAGCAAGGCUAUUGACGAUGUGGUUGAGAAGUACGGUCUCGAUGAGAACGACAAGAAGUUGAAGGGAAGCGCCCCUCUCCAGCACGAAGGAGGUGCUCGGAUGUUCUGCUGCACAACCGCCCAAAACAGGGCCGAGUCGGUGCUGCUCCGAUCCUACAAGGACAAGACUAUCUACACCAAGUCAAAGCUCAACACUGCCAUGCAGAACCACGGAGACCAGAUGACCAUCAGCUUGGCCGCCCGAGCUACAUCAGCUGCCCCUACCUUCUUCCCUGAAGUAAAGUUCCCCGAAACCAACCCCGAGUUGGUCUUCUGGGACGGCGGUCUUCUCAACAACAACCCCAUCGAUCAGCUGUGGUACACGAGAUUUGAGCUCGUUGACCCCAAGGACGCUGCCCCUGCCAUCUCAUGUGUUAUCAGCCCGGGCACGGGCUAUGUGAGCCCUGCAAAGGCGAAGAAGUCCUGGUUCAAGCUUGUUGGAGUUGCUUCCAAGGUGAUGGACUUUGCCACAAACACCAAUGCCAAGGGCAAGGACUUUUCGCGACACAUGACACAUCUCAACCAACGCGAUGAGCACAGGGAAACGAAGUAUAUCCGUUUCAACCCUUAUCUCAAGGAGGAGAUAGGCCUGGAUGAGUAUCUCCGAAUGGAGGAUCUUAAGAAGAUUGCCAAGGAGGAUAUGAAGAAGGACACCAACCAGGAGUUUAUUGAGAAGGCUGUGGAUGCCAUUUGCGCUUAG